AUGUUCACAUUUAUACCCAUCACCCAUCCUACAUCGGAUACAAAGCACCCAUUGCUGCUAGUCCAGUCUGCACAUGGGGAAAAGUAUUUCUUCGGUAAAAUUGGUGAAGGAUCCCAAAGGAGUCUGACUGAAAAUAAGAUCAGGAUAUCCAAAUUGAAGGAUAUUUUCCUUACUGGUGAAUUAAACUGGUCAGAUAUAGGUGGAUUACCUGGAAUGAUUUUGACUAUUGCUGAUCAAGGGAAAAGUAAUCUUGUUUUGCAUUACGGCAAUGACAUUUUGAAUUACAUAGUUUCCACUUGGAGAUACUUCGUCUUUAGAUUCGGAAUAGACUUGAACGAUCACAUUAUGAAAGACAAGGAAGUAUAUAAAGAUAAGAUAAUAGCUGUUAAAUCCUUUAAUGUUCUGAAAAAUGGGGGGGAAGACAGGUUAGGCGUCUUCGAUAGUUUUCAAAAAGGUGUAUUACGUUCCAUAGUAGCAAAAAUGUUCCCCAAACAUGCACCCACCGAUAGGUACGAUCCUUCUAGUGAUCCGCACUUGAAUGUAGAGUUGCCUGACUUAGACGCCAAAGUGGAAGUUUCUACGAAUUACGAGAUUUCAUUCAGUCCAGUGAGGGGUAAAUUUAAAGUGGAGGAAGCUAUUAAACUAGGUGUUCCGAAGGGUCCCUUAUUUGCAAAGUUAACCAAGGGCCAAACAAUUACUUUGGAUAACGGUAUUGUUGUAACUCCGGAACAGGUAUUGGAGAAUGAACGUCAUUUUGCCAAAGUAUUGAUCCUGGAUAUCCCAGAUGACCUAUAUUUGAACGCUUUCGUAGAAAAAUUCAAGGAUUAUGAUUGUGCUGAGCUUGGCAUGGUGUAUUAUUUUCUUGGUGAUGAGGUUACCAUUAAUGAUAAUCUAUUCGCGUUCAUUGACAUAUUUGAGAAAAACAAUUAUGGUAAAGUAAAUCAUAUGAUAUCCCACAAUAAAAUUUCUCCAAACACGAUAUCAUUUUUCGGUUCUGCAUUGACCACAUUGAAAUUAAAGGCACUACAAGUAAAUAAUUACAAUUUACCAAAAACAGAUCGUGUGUUUUCCAAGGACUUCUACGACAGAUUCGAUACACCACUCAGCAGAGGUACAUCUAUGUGUAAAUCCCAGGAAGAGCCUUUGAAUACAAUAAUAGAGAAGGAUAACAUUCAUAUUUUUUCACAAAACAAGACAGUAACUUUCGAACCAUUUCGGAUGAACGAAGAACCGAUGAAAUGCAACAUCAACGGUGAAGUGGCGGAUUUCUCGUGGCAAGAAAUUUUCGAAGAACAUGUAAAACCAUUAGAAUUUCCCUUAGCUGAUGUCGAUACAGUUAUCAAUAAUCAACUACACGUGGAUAACUUUAACAAUUCAGCAGAAAAGAAGAAACACGUUGAAAUUAUCACCUUAGGAACCGGUAGUGCAUUGCCUUCUAAAUAUAGAAACGUUGUCUCCACACUUGUUAAAGUUCCUUUUACUGACGCCGAUGGAAAUACCAUAAAUAGAAACAUUAUGCUAGAUGCUGGUGAAAAUACUUUAGGUACCAUACACAGGAUGUUUUCUCAGCUAGCAGUCAAGUCAAUAUUUCAGGAUUUGAAAAUGAUAUAUCUGAGUCACUUGCAUGCAGACCACCAUUUGGGAAUAAUCAGCGUGCUAAAUGAAUGGUACAAAUAUAACAAGGAUGAUGAAACGAGUUAUAUAUAUGUGGUUACUCCAUGGCAAUAUCACAAAUUUGUUAAUGAAUGGUUAGUUCUAGAAAAUAAAGAGAUUUUAAAGAGAAUCAAAUACAUAAGUUGUGAGCAUUUCAUCAAUGAUUCGUUUGUAAGAAUGCAGACACAAUCUGUUCCUUUGGCAGAGUUCAAUGAAAUAUUGAAAGAAAAUAGCAAUCAAGAAUCAAACAGAAAACUGGAACUGGAUAGAGAUUCUUCAUAUAGGGAUGUUGACUUGAUCAGACAAAUGUAUGAGGAUUUAUCGAUAGAAUAUUUUCAAACUUGCAGAGCUAUACAUUGUGACUGGGCAUAUUCGAACUCAAUUACCUUCCGAAUGGACGAAAACAAUGAGCAUAAUACAUUCAAGGUUUCAUAUUCAGGCGAUACAAGACCUAACAUCGAGAAAUUUUCCCUCGAAAUAGGCUAUAAUUCAGAUCUAUUAAUUCACGAAGCUACACUAGAAAAUCAGCUACUGGAGGAUGCCGUGAAGAAAAAACACUGCACUAUUAAUGAAGCAAUCGGUGUUUCGAACAAAAUGAAUGCUAGGAAGUUGAUCUUAACACACUUUUCCCAGAGAUAUCCCAAAUUGCCCCAAUUAGACAAUAAUAUUGAUGUGAUGGCGAGAGAAUUUUGUUUUGCUUUCGACAGUAUGAUCGUUGAUUAUGAGAAAAUUGGUGAACAGCAGCGUAUUUUUCCACUGCUGAAUAAGGCAUUUGUUGAAGAAAAGGAAGAAGAAGAAGAUGUUGAUGACGUUGAAAGCGUACAAGAUUUGGAAGUCAAACUUAAGAAACACAAGAAAAAUUAG